AUGGCGGACUUGGCGUUGAAACCACCGAAGGAUCUUCAUACCUUUAUGGUAAAGAUGGACAGGUACAUUAAUCAGGAGGAAACACUCCGAGCCCUUCCCGAUAAUUCCCAGCAGCAACACCAGCCUUCCACCGAGAAGCCCAAGAAGAAGAAGAAUCCCGAGCCCAUACAGGACGCUGGUCUCGGAGAGUAUAAGAAGGCAAAGAAGAAUUUCGGAGAUUACAAGUGGACUCCAUUAAAUGCCUCUCUCACUGAGGUGCUUAUGGAACUCAGAAAAGAUCUGAAAUAUCAGAGACCGAGACCCAUUCCAGGAGAUCCACCUCCGCGCUUGGCUCACAAAAAUUGUGCCUUCCAUGAUUCAUAUGGUCACUUGACCGAGCAGUGUGUGUCACUGAGGCAGUUGAUUGAGAAGUUCAUUGAGAACGGGAAACUAGUCCGAUUUCUCGUUAAUGAAAGAAAUCAACAGGAGCGGGACCAAUAUCCGCGACUGAGGAGAGAAGAAGAUCGGAAUGAAAGAAGAAACUAUCAACCGAGACAAGAAGAAAGAAGAGGAAGAAGUAGAGAGCCAGCCCCUCGGCCUCGGAGGGACGAAAGAAGGGAGAGAAGCAGGAGCAGAGCUCAGGUGGAGCAACAAGGCAACCUUCCUAUCAUCCACACCAUCUCGGGAGGAUUUGGAGGAGGAGGCGAGUCCAAUUCGGCCCGGAAGGCAUACGCCAGGAAACUGGAUGAUUUCGAGGUAUAUUCGGUCCAAAAGCCCCCAAAGUCUCAGAAAUAUAACCCUCUGAUUAUAGGGUUCUUGGAUGAUGAUUAUGCUGGAGUAUCACUCCCGCACACAGACGCCCUUGUGAUUAACCUAACAAUAGCAAACUAUCAGACUCGACGAAUCCUCGUUGACACAGGGAGCUCGGCUGAUAUUCUGUUCAAGUCAGCCUUUGAUCAUAUGGGAGUCCCACGAGGAAAGGUGGUCCCGGUCUCAUGCCAAUUACAGGGUUUCGCUGGAGAAAAGGUGUUGCCUCUCGGUUCUAUCGAUCUUCCUGUGAAAGUGGGAACUUAUCCAAGGCAAAAGGUCAUUAUGGUGAAGUUCUUGAUAGUUGACAAAGUCUCAGCCUAUAAUGCCAUUAUCGGAAGGACAGCUCUCAACGACUUAAAAGCUGUGACCACAACACCGCACCUUAGUAUGAAGUUCCUGACAGAGGAAAGAGUUGGAGUGGUUAAGGGAGACCAGAAGGAGGCUAGGCGUUGUUACAACUUAUCCUUGAAAGACACCCUGAGGCAGCACAAUCUGGGUGAGAAAGCUAAGGAGGACGGGAAAUAG